AUGGCAUCCUCCAUCACGUGGGGCCUCCGCCUGCUGGCAGGCCUGUGCAGUCAAGUCCCUGGUACCAGGCGUCAGUCCAGCCCUGAUAUUUAUCACUACGACCUCCCACACUUCUCCAGCUUCGCCUUCAGCCUGUACCAUGAACUGGCCCGUCAGUCCAACAACAAAAUCAUCUUCUCCCCAGUGAGCAUCGCUAUAGCCUUUGCGAUGUUCUCCCUGGGAACCAAAGAUGAUACUUACACCCACAUCCUGAAGGGCAUAGGCUUCAAGUUAAAGAAGGCGCCUAAGGCUGAUAUCUACAAAGGCUUAGGGAGUCUCCUUGAAACCCUUAAGCAGCCAAACAAUCAGUUCCAGCUGACCACCAGCACUAUGCUAAUCAUUGAUAAGAAUCUGGAGCAAAAGCCUGAGCUUUUGUACAAUGUCAAGAAGCUGUACCACUCAAAAGCCCUCUCCAUCAACUUCAGGAACAUCAAAGAGGUCAAGAAAGAGAUCAACCAUCAAAUAAAGAUAAGAACUCAAGGAAUAAUUGUGGAUUUGGUCAAAGAGCUUGACGAAGACACAGCUCUUGCUCUGGUGAACUACAUAAGUUUUGAAGGCAAAGGGAAGGAUAAAUUCGAGGCUCAGCACUUCCUAACAGGAGACUUCCAUGUGAACGAGAAGAUCACGGUCAAGGUGCCCGUGAUCAACCACCUGGGCGUGUUCCAGUUCCACCUGUACCGAGACAAUGAGUUCUCCUGCUGGGUGUUGGUGCAGCACUACCAGGGCAGAAUGGCCGCCUUCCUGCUUCUGCCCAACAUGGGGAAGAUGCAGCUGCUGGAGGAUGGGCUCUCUGAGAAGCACCUCGCCAAACUCCUCAAAUACCUUGAGAUACGGUUUGUCAAUUUACAUUUGCCCAAACUGUCCAUUUCUGGAACCUACGAUCUCAAAACUGUCCUAGGCAAACUGGGCAACAAGGUCUUCAGCAACAGGGCUGACCUCUCAGGGAUCACUGAGGAAGUGCCUCUGAAGCUGUCCAAGGCCAUUCAUGAGGCUGUGAUGAGCAUCAGUGAGAAUGGGACAGAACAUGCUGGGGCCACCCUCUCAGAAGAGAGUGCCUGGUCUGAGCAUCUGACCAUCAACUUCAACAUGCCCUUCCUAAUCAUCAUCAAGGAUGAAAACACCAACAUUCCCCUCUUCAUGGGAAAGGUGGUGAAUCCCAUGCAAAAAUAA